CAAACUUGUCGAAGAUAGUGCAGCGUCGGGAUCCUAGUACACCCGGUGGUGCUGUUCCAAGUACGACGAAAACCAAAAGUCCGACGAAGACUCAGAAACGAAGUCGCUCUGCCGAUGCAGUGCGGUUCGGAGCUGUUCAAAGGGUCGUUGGCGGAAACGAGCACGUAGAGGCACAUCAAGCCGACGACGCGCCAGACGAGGUCAUGAUCGUUGACAACGUAGCAGCGGGAGGACCACAUCUGGUCAAGUCAGGUCCGCAAGAGUUUCUGAUUUCAUCGGGACCUCAUAAUUUUGGAGGCGCAACAACAAGCACUAGGACUUCCCCAAAGCGUAGUGUAAGCGCUUCUGCUACUAGAAGAUUUGCUACAUCUACUGGAGAAAAUGGAUCUCUUCUCGGUCCUCCCAGCUUCCACCUCACAAAGCCAACCCAAUCUUCCAUCGCCAAGAACAGCAACAUCAUGUACGAAAGCAUAGCGGUUAGUCCAGGGCAGCUACAACCUCCGCCAGGCGCUUCGCCAGGACUUGAGAGGCAGCCGAGCCGGUCACCGGCUAGCGCUAGAGGUACUAGUCGGAAUAAAGUAGAGACAGCCUUUAACAGUUCAUCCUCUUCCAAACCUGUAGGGUUAGAACAUCUCAGCGAAAAGCAAAUCCAAGAACACGCGCAGGAGUUGUUGCGACAACUUGUUGAGAAACACAAGCUGGAC